GUCCUUUUCUUCUCAACCAAUAGGAGGCGAGAAUGUAACAGCAGUAUCGGUGGGCGUAACCUUUUAUGAGAAGGAAGCGUCACCGAACAAUAAAAAAGUUUUGAGAGGAUGGACGACAAGGUUUUGGAUGGAGGACCAUGGACAGGAUGUGCGGUACUGUUUCUGCAGUCUCUCUGUCCCGAUGUAAACCUGCUCACGCUCUACAAAGACCAACAGGGAAAGUUCAUCUUCUUUAAAGUCAUCAAACUGACGCUCAUAGAUUCUGCUGGUGGUCUGGCUGGUUAUGAGAUAAUAAAGGUUCAUGAUGCUGAUCCCUUCCUUGGAGUGGAGGUGAAGUUUAUGGAUUUAGCAGCGUGUCAGCACUUCCUGGAGUGCUACAGCUCAGGAGCAAUGCGGCAGUCCAUCUCCCAGCAUGCCUGUCGACUUCUAGCGCUGGCACAAGAGUUCACUGUGGAGACCCAGCUCAAGGCCGGUACACAGAUCUUGGAUCGAUGUUUGGAUAAGCUGGAACUUUGCCUACAGCACAUCCACCUGUCACAGACACACCAUGCCAAGACCAAGUCCAAGACCCCCCAUGCCAAGUCCAAGACCCCCCAUGCCAAGACCAAGACCCCCCAUGCCAAGUCCAAGACCCCCCAUGCCAAGACCCAUGCCAAGACCCAUGCCAAGACCAACCAUGCCAAGACCCAUGCCAAGACCAACCAUGCCAAGACCAAGUCCAAGACCAACCAUGCCAAGACCAAGUCCAAGACCAACCAUGCCAAGUCCAAGACCAAGUCCAAGACCAACCAUACCAAGUCCAAGACCAACCAUGCCAAGACCAAGUCCAAGACCAAACAUGCCAAGACCAACCAUGGCCACGACAAGCUUCGCCGCCUGCUUCAUCUGCGGCUUCUACGCCUGCCAUGACGACGACGCCGCACCUGUCUUCUCGUCAGCCACGGAUAUGGCCGCUGCCUGGUCGUCCGCCACGCCAAGUGCGCCCACGUCAUCGUCUGCCACGGAUGUGGCCCUUCCCGGGUCGCCCACCUCGCCUGUGGCGGCGGCGUUCCACUCGCCGCCGCCACAUGACUAUGCCUCGGUGGAUUCGGGGCCACUUGGCCUGGCGACCCACCGCCAUGUCCCCCUCCCGCCCCCCCAUGACUCUUGUUCAUUUUUUUGUGUUGGGACAUCUGGGAUCUGUCCGUAAGGAGGGGGGCUCUGUCAUGUCUGUGUUAAUCAUGUUUUUGUUUUGCUUGGGUUUUGGGCUCUUUUUUUAGUUCCUGGUUGCACUUCCUUGUUUGGUUUGGUUUCCAUGGUCACCCAUUAGUUUUCACCUGUCUUGUCACGCACCUGUUUCACAUCCUCAUGUCACGCACCUGUCUCACGUUUUCACUAAUCAUGUCACCAGUAUUUAAGGCCAUUGUUGCCAGGCAGUCGGCCUGGCGACAUCACUCUGUUCACCCUCAUGAUCCAUGCUGCGCUUCCUUUUGCCCCUCUUGUCAUGUCAAGUAAGUUUUGUUAUUGUUCAUAGUUUUUUGCCUUUGUGCUAGUGUUUUGUUUUCAUAGUCUAGUUUUGUACUUCCGCCUUUUGUUUAUCCCCUUUUGAGCCUUUUUUGAGUUAAUAUAUUAAACAUGUCCUCACCUGCACGCCACGUUUGGUCCAAUUCCUUUGCACCACGGGAGAACAAACCACGCCACAGACCAAGUCUUUAAAGAAAAUAAUCGGACAAAUUGGAGGAGUUGGAGUCUUAUCAAAGGACAAAAGGAACUUGACUGUCAGAGGUACAUUCAUGCUAGCAGCACCCAAUCCAAUAUGGAAUUGAAAACCUUUUGCAACAUAGACCAUAAAAGUCUGGAAUUGGAGAAUGUAACAA